AUGGCAAUCAUCGAGGGACCGGCUAGAUGGCAGACCUUUGGUGGACAACGGCAGCACUGGUGGAACGGCCAAGCCUUGCGGCAUUGUUGGGGCCCAGCUGUCCAAGCCAAGUUAGACCUCAAGCCCAGCGCGUCCUCUGGCAACUCCGACAUCAAAGCGACAAGCGGAGUCGGAACGGCCGCCGUCGCCAAGGCAGCCCGACCGAAAAAGGCAAGCGGCUGCAGAGGACAAAGGGUAUCCAUCGAGGCAGCAGAGGCCGAGAGGGUCGCGGAGUUUCAAGCGGAGGUCGACACGUCAAGCUGCGAUAGCAUCGAAGGAGAACCAAAGCAAGAUUUGGCCGCUGCGUCGGCGCCUGCAGCAGCAGCAGCAGCAGCAGCAGAGACAGCGAGCAAGGAGGAUAAGCAGGAGGCGACCAGCGUCGGGGCUAUGGGAGCGACGCCGCGCUGCAGUGGAACGCAGGAUUUCGCCUACAACCCAGCUCCGACGGGAAGGCAGGACGCCCUCAAUUUCUUCGAGCUGUGGUUCCAUGGACCGGGACAGCGUCGAAGCAGUGCAUUGGGUGUCCAUGCCAGGGUUCUCGCCCUUGGCCGCCACUCUUACUCGCGGCGUUCCUCGGCGACGUCUAGAGGCCGCUCGCUCCUUGCCUUACCGACACGUCAGAUCCAGGCCCUCGCCGAAUUCGAGGUCGGAGAGGCUCCUGCUUCGUCCGUCAAGGGCGGGCGUCAGAGUUGGAUGAGGCUGAUGGCAGCCGGGCUCGUUCAACGAUUGUUGCUUCGCAGUCCGCUCGCUGGGGAGAGGAAAGGGCCGCUCGAACCCUUUGCCCGCGCAAUGACAUCUUACCGUGUGCCGAUGGACGGAUCGGACAACAAGCCCACGCUUGUUCGGCGGGAGUCUCGUUCCGACACGGGCGGAUUGGAGAAUCGGGUUGCAGCUCUGACUGCCUUGCGCUGCAGUGAGUUGCCAUGGCCGGCAGCAUUGGGCCGGACACUGGCGCUCGGGACUCGACACGGCGGCAAGAUGGAACCUCACCGGUCCCUGCCACGCGCGGGUUCCAUCCGCUUGGAUCUGCGCGCGUGUCGAAAACAUGCAAGGGGCUCCCUCAGCGCAGCCACACUUGGGCUUUCUCGACCCCACGAACGGGCCCUUCCUCUCGCAUUGACGGUGGGAAUCUCGGCCUAUGCGAGCAGACACAAUGCCGGCCUCCCCUCUCGAAGGCGAAGCCUCGCCUCCCAGCUCUUCCCUCCGGCGUUGUCAAAUCCAGCUUCCGUCGACCUUUUCUGGCGCAGCAGCCCCUCACAUUGGGCCCGAAUGCCUCGUAGCAUGAGCCCUGCCUGGCACUCUAAUUCUCGAAACGCCGGCAGUCCCAACGACGUGUUUCGCAGGACUCCUGACAUCACAUCUCCGAGCCAUCUCGCUCGCUUAGCCGGUGUGCCACAAGCGACCCCGAGCGAGGCGCUCGCAUUGGCGCUGGCUUCCAUGCCUCGGCGAUGGCGUCCCGACUAUCUUGGCGACCAUGAUGGACCGUUCCAAUGCAAGAAAGCUGCUUUGCCAGAAAGCGCGAUCUGCUACGAACAAUUGCACAGCGCUCUGCGUGAUUGA